AAAACAUAAUUUCAUUGGAGUGGGCCUUUAACCUGUUGAGAUUGGCCAAGAAAAAUAUCCAUAUUUGUUGUGAAUCUCUCUGGAGCUGAAACUAUCAUAAACAGAUCACGUUAAAACUCCUCCAUCUCUUUAAAAUGUGCUACAUGAAAUAAUAAUUGACAUGUUGAGAUGAAAGCUCUCCAUUCACAGCUUGAGCUCUUAAGUCUUGAAUCAGGGCAAAUUGUUUUUUUUUUCUUCUCCUCGUCCUGCAGAUCAAUGGAGUCAUGUGCCCAUCCUAUUUUAGACAGAUGUAUUCGUUGCCAUAGCAAAGUUUCCAGGGAAACCGAUCAGCCGGUUUAAACCCGCAGAAAGAUGUAAAAGAGGAGGAACAAAGAAAGAAAGAAAGAGAGGACGAAUUCUGUGGAAAAGUCACACAUGAGCGACGCGGGUUGGUCUGACUGAUGAUCUGCUGCGCGUUGCUGAUCCAAAUCAGCUGACUUUGUCUUUCGGCUCAGAGGAGCAUCCGUGUUUUAAAAAGCAAAGUCUGUAACCUCUGUUUUGAUUAACUGCCUUAUUUCCCAAGAGAGAAAUCAGCUUUGAUUCAUUUAUUUGUUUGAAAAAAGCGUGAAGGAGAGGACUUUUACGCAAAGGCGGAAACUCCGUUUGAACCGUCGCAACUUCAGCUGCAGCGGCCGCGUUUGGAGCAGCGGCUCCUGCUGCCAGACGGGGAUGGCGGAGUUUGAUCUUAUUGGUCAGCUGCAGCUGUGCGCCGUCGAUAAAACGCACGACUGGAGCUCCGGAGCGGAGAGCGUCUGAUGCGCAGAGCAGCGGCGCCGCGGAGCGCACGGACACAUCCGAGGAGGAGCUGGAGGAGGCGGAGGGCACCUGCUGCUGCUGCUGCUGCUGCUGCUGCUGCUGCUGCUGCUGCUGAAGGAGCAAAUGCAAAGCUAAAGAGAACACCUCCUCCUUUCCACCUGUACGCACCUGACCAAACCGAACCGAACCAUGUGGGUCCUGGAUAAGAUCCGCGGGUCAGUGGAGACCGGCGUGAUGCGACAGGGGGAAGCCGGGGACAAGAAAGGCGCAGCCCCCUACAGCAACGUGCUCACUCCUGACAAGAUCCCGGACUUUUUCAUUCCUCCAAAGCUGGUCAGCUGCCCCCCUGAGCCCGAGCCCCCCAAGUCCAAAGAGGGACUGCAGCCGUCCACGUCAGAGCAAACCAUUGCGGGUGGGAGGAAGAUCAGCAGCCCGAGGAGCCCCCGCUUUGUGGCUAAGAUCGCAGGAGACACAAAGAACUUGUUAAGAGCAGCAAACCGCCACAUCAUCCAGAUUGAGAGCGCAGAUGAUGUUGUAGCUGGAGACACCAACGCGGACCCCCAGUCUCAGACGGCCAUGUCUCUGCCGUACGUCCCCAAGACGCAGACCUCUUAUGGCUUUGCGACCCUGAAAGAGAGCCCCCACACCCGCCGUAAAGAGUCUCUGUUCCACUGCGAGCUCACCAGUCCCAUCACCUCCCCAAACGCGCAGAGGAAGGCUGCGGGCAAAAGCGGCGACGCGGGGAACCAUCUGAACCCCGCAGACCUGAACACCUCCCACAUGAACCCCUACAGGUAUUUCAGCGGAGGGGAGAGUGACACCUGCUCCUCAGCGGAGUCCUCCCCCUUCAGCUCCCCGCUGCUCUCGCGCUCCGCGUCCUUGCUCAAGAUCUUUACGCACGAGACGCAGGCCAAAGUGGUGAAAGCCAAGCGCACCUUAGCGCGCCACAGCUCCCUGUCCACCGACGAGUGCAGCUCCGCCGAGCCCAGCCCGAACGUCCAGCGGCGGCUGCACGUGCCCUCCCUCCACGGAGGGGCGGCGGCGCCCGACCACGGCCUCCAGCGGGAGCACACCAUCAACCUGCACAAGGGGGGGUCGCUGAGGAUCUGCGCCAACUACGACUCCAGCACCUCCCGCCUGCUCAUCCGCGCGCUGGCGGCCGAGAGCCUGUACGACAAGCACGUGGACAUCAAGAGCAUCCACUGCUGCGUGUCCGUGUACCUGAACCCCGGGAAGCUGCAGAAGCAGAGGAGCAACAUCAUCAAGAACAGCCGCAACCCCGUCUUCAACGAGGACUUCUUCUUUGACUCCAUCAGCUCCACCCAGGUGAAGAGCCUCUCGGUCAAGUUCAAAGUGGUGAACAAAGGCACCAGCCUGAAGAGGGACACGCUGCUGGGGGAGAGGGAGGUGCCUCUGACAAAGCUGCUCUCAGGGCUCUGAGGAGGAGAGCAUGAAAGUCCAACACAGCAAGUUGCGCAUGUUUCUAAGCGGUUUAUUCAACCUAAAGCCGAAAAUGUUCCCCAAAAGUGUAAGGAUGUCAGAAAGAAAAAAAAAAGACUCAAUCUCAUAAGAAGAGUAGCCUCCUUCACGCAGAGGAGGUCUCAUGCUGGUCAGGGCCGUCCCAGCCCCUUCAUCCAUCUGUCAAACCUUUGAGCGCGCACAUCCACUCACACAUGACAGCAUUUCAACCCGAACACGCACUUUUCGAGCCAGAUCCGGUUCUAAGGUUCGGCGUCCCUCCCAGGCGGUCGGUCGGUCGGCCGGCCGGCGCGUGCUCGUCGCGCGCAGCGGGAUCUGCUUAUUGAAAUGCCGCUGGAGCGCAUGGCCGCGGUGGAUCAGCUGCACCGCCAGCCUCACCCAGACGCUUGCGCGUGCCCUGAAGAGGCCCUGAUGUGCAAAUGAGGCUUUGAUCUGCACGAUUUAAUAUGCACAUCAAAAAUAGAAAUACGCUAUGAUUAAGUAAGCAGCGUGACUGCCAAUGUAAACGCGGCUUAAUGACUCGACGCUGCCCAGCAGCUGUCAGCUUUACAGGCCCAAAACUCUGAGCUCACCAAAAAUCAAAGAUUCUUAUGAUCAGUGAUCCACAUUUACCAGUUCAAAGGUUAAACUGGAGAACUGAGAAGAUCUUUUCUGGAACAAUAGACAUCACUUUUCUGUCCCUCUCUGGCAUCUUUCCUCCAAAAUUUGGCAGCUUUUAUUAUUUUGGUGAAGUUUUGGAAAGGCAGAAAUUAAAAUACGGGCGACUUUGGUUUAUAAGCAAUAUCGUUGUUAAAGUUAAAUGUAACCUUUUUAUGUCACUUAUUAAAAAAAAAAGGCUUUGUAUUGCUUUUCUUCAAGCAGUAACAUUAAAGUCCCACUCCGAUCCUCUUUUGAUCUGUUUUCAAAGCGUCCCUGGAGGUCAUUUAACUAUUAUUCUAAUGUUUUUAGUCUGAGUUGUGGGCGGGACCAUUAGCGAGUAGUAAGCCCGACCCCUCUUCCCAUCAUCCAUCUGUUAACACUUUCUCAAUCUAUUUUACAGCCCCUCACAACGCCAGCCUAACAUUUCCUGAGCAACAAAAAUGCCAGCAUAUCAGAUUUACCCACCCGUCCAGUUCUGAUCCAGAUUUUAGCUCAGACCGGGAAAACAAAGACGAUCAUGGAUCUAUCGGUCUGCAGGUGGAUGAUCAGAAUGGAGCAGAGCAAGGAUCAUGUAGCCCACACAGCACAUUUUCUAUGUCACAAAUAAACCUUCUUCAAACUGUAUAUUUGUUCAUCUGCUCCUCUUUCACAACAAUUUGAAUAAAUUAAUACUCUUUUAUUAUGUUCUUCCUCCAUCAUUAGGAAAAUGCCACACGAACAUGUUAAAAAACACAAUGUUCAUCGGAGUGGGUCUUUAAGUUAAACAGUACUUGUCGUAAGCACCUUAGAAAAAAAACAGGACAACUUUAAAACAAAACAAGAAAAAGCACAAAUCUGCAAAAGUAUAAAAUGAACUGAUUUGAAAUCUUUAUUGUUCCUUCAUCUGCAGCAGAAACUGUUUUCUCUGCAAGAACCUUAGACUCUAGAGGUCAUCGAGGUUUCUAGAGGGUCUUCAGUCAUGAGGAUGAACGAAUGGAUAAAAAAAUCUUCUGCCGACUCAACUUUAAGCUGCUUGUAGUUUACAUGCAUAGCUUGGAUGCUAGCAAACCCAAAUGUGUAGCUAAACACCUGAUUUCCACCUUCAGACUGCAGUGACUUCCAUCAUUUCAAAACUUUCUGACCGACACAAAAUAACUUUUUCCCCCUGUGAUUUUAGUGCAACAUUAAAGAAAACGAAACUUUUGAACGAUUAGAACUAUUUUUUUAGCUAAAAAAAAGUCUGACAGCACGAUGAGAACACAGUUCAGGCGUUUAAACAAAAGAUUUGAAACGAGUUCAGAGUUUAAAGGAUGAGAAAGUGACUCUGGUGACGAGGAAGUGUCAAAUGGAAAGCUCAUCCUGCUUGAUGAACUGCUGUGAGCCGCGCGGACGUUCCGGCUGCAGACUUGCUUCCUCCAGGUUUGGGCAACUUGAUUCCAUCUUGUGCGUCUGAUCCGUGCCCAGCUGUUGUCAGUCUGCUGCCGGGCGGGUUAGAUUUAGCUGCAGGACGACAAUACCUGCAACAAUAAAGCCGUUUUGGACCUAAAGUUCUGGUAUUUAUGAGAAAGAGUCCCAUAAAACCCAUUUUAGUUUGUGUGUCUGCUGGCAGCAGGACAUGAUGUAACAGAAGCGCGUUUUUAAAAGAGUUCAGUCGUCAAUAUGCAACCACGCUUCAGCCUUAGUCACUGUGUUGGUGGUAGAUGCAACCGUGUGCAUGUAACUCUGUUCAACGUGCCGUUUGAGGAGAUUCCUGCUGCAGUGAGUUCCAGCUGCGUGGCUGGAACGUGUCACUGAUGUUUGCAUGACACGCUCAAAGCUUCACCAAACCCCAAAGCCUUAAAGUGUGAGACUUUCUGAUCAGCAUGAUUGUGUCCAGAGAUUUUAUAUGUGCAAAACGGAUCAGGACGAGUGUUGGUUUUUUAAAAGACUCUCUACACAUCUGUUGGAUUUGUACUGUUUUUAUAUUUUUCAAUGACGGUUAUUUAUGCACCUGUGAGUGAGAAACACCGAUGAGUGAAAGUUCAGCUCCUGCUUUUUUUUUUUGAAGCAAAAAAUAAUUUUAAAAAAAGGAAAAAAGACAAGAUGGAAGUGAAGGAACAGUUGAUGCUUUUAUUUUUCUCCACUUUUGGUUGGAAACAUCAGAGAAACCUUUGCAGCUUAGAACAGUUUUGGGAAAAAUGUAAGCAAGCCGGAUGUUGUGGGUGUCGGGUCAGAUUUUGGGUGAGGGUCUCCCUCACCUGGAGGAUGUGGCCUCGGUUGCAGCUCUGCAGGUGGGGUUCCCUGUAGAUCCUGAAGAUUCUGAAUAAUGCAGAAUCUUAUUGAUUCAUUUAAACCAUUGCAUUUAAAGGAGGAUUGGCCCCUUCAGAUAAAACAUCUAAUCUACAACAACAGAUAGAAAAAUAAAUUGAAAAACUGGGGGAAAAAAAUCAACAAACGAUCAUGUUUUGUACAUUUUUUUUACGUUUCUUUCUUCUUUUUUUUUAUUAAUUUGAGGUGGUUUACAUAUUAUUAAUAUGUGAAAAUAAUUCAUUUGGGCCCCAGGAACCCCUUAAAUAUGUCAUCUAGAUGUUUCAGGUGAUGCAUUCUGGGUAGUCCGAGGCUUUUCUUUCACUGUCUUAAAUGAUAUCUUUAUUGCCAAAAUGCUGGUCGUCUUGUUUCUGUGAUAUUUUUGAAACAGCAAACUAAAUUCUGAGCAUCUGAACUGCGUCUCAAAUGAAUGCAUUUGCAGAAAUUUAGAUUUUCUUCUGAGGAUAAAUUGAUUUUUUCUCACAUCUGUUUAUUUCUGGUUGAGAAGCAAAUUAUUUGUUGUUUACCAUUUGGCACAUACCGUCAGGGGUCGCCGCAGCAAAUCAGCUUUCACCGAUUCGCACAGGCGGUCUGGCCAAGAUCUUUGUGCCGGACGCCCUUCCUGACACAAACCUGUAUUUGAUCCGGGCUGGGGACCGGCACAGGGAGAUCCAGACUUAGGUCAGUGACCCUUCAUUUGGGUGUUGCUGACAAAAGUGGGACAGAGACUCCUUCCCCAGCAUCAUUCAUGCAAUGGCUGAUGCUGUGUUCAUCCACAUCAUCCAUCCAGACUUGGAGAACUCGUGGAGUUUGUGAACCUGCUGAGGAACCGCGUCAGCAUCCAGGCUGGUGGUGACGUGAAAACCCGCUCUGGUGUCAUUGGCUGUUUGGCUAUCGGGCUUUGAAUGGUUUUGAAUGGAAAAAAAGAAACAUGACGGACGUGUGUGAGGGCAGGAGAGCUGUUCAGUUGAAUAUUGUAUUUUAUUUUCCAACCUCUUGAUAACUCUGUAAAUGUUUGCUGUUGUUCCUCCUGUUUUUGAUGAUGAUGAUGAUGAAAAACGCCAACCUGGUAACUUGACUCUUUGAUCCUCUCCUUCGUGCGUAGAGAAACCACGGCUGCCGGUUUCUGCUUGCAGUUCUUCUCGUUGUGGUCUGUGCGGGUUUUAAUCUGUGAUAACUGCUGAGAAUUAUCUGUAAUGGACUGUGAAGUACUUUGAUUAAAACUUUGUGGAACCUUC